AUAGAGGCUUACGUUCACACCCACCAACUGUUUCAUAUAAUUCCACUGUGAGUUCUUUUUCACAGUCAUUACUGAUUCUUCCGUACCAAAACCUCUCACCCCCCACUCCUUGUCUUCUCUUUUAGAGGCAAAAGAAAGAAAGACGACUAAUGGCUUCUUGUUUUUGUUAUCGAUUGAAAACGGAAGGUUCUCGUCAUGAUGGCAAGGUUACAUCUGCAACAGUACCACCAAGCCCUCGGAGCCAAUCUGAGAUUUUGCAGUCUGCAAAUCUGAAGUCUUUUAGUUUCAAUGUACUUAGAACAGCAACCAGAAAUUUCCGUCCUGAUAGUGUGUUGGGAGAAGGUGGUUUCGGUUUAGUUUUCAAGGGUUGGAUAGAUGAACAAUCACUUGCAGCUGCCAAGCCUGGCACCGGCACUGUUAUUGCUGUGAAGAGAUUAAACCAAGAAGGUCUUCAAGGUCACCAGGAAUGGUUGGCUGAAAUUAAUUAUCUAGGGCAGCUAGAUCAUCCAAAUCUUGUACAAUUAAUUGGUUACUGCCUGGAGGAUGACCAGAGGCUCCUUGUCUACGAGUUCAUGUCUCGUGGCAGCUUGGAAAACCAUCUAUUCAGGAGAAGUUCCUACUUUCAACCGCUCUCAUGGAACCUACGGUUAAAGGUUGCUCUUGGAGCAGCCAAGGGCCUUGCAUACCUUCACAGUCCAGAUGCAAAAGUGAUCUAUCGUGAUUUCAAGAGCUCCAAUAUCUUGAUUGAUUCUAAUUACAAUGCAAAACUUUCCGAUUUUGGGUUGGCGAAAGAUGGUCCAGUGGAUGGGAAAAGUCAUGUAUCUACAAGGGUUAUGGGCACAUAUGGAUAUGCAGCUCCAGAAUACAUGGCUACAGGUCACUUAACGGAGAGAAGUGAUAUCUACAGUUUUGGGGUGGUUCUUCUUGAAAUUUUGACAGGAAAACGAUGCAUUGAUAAGAACCGUCCAUCUAAUGAACAAAUUCUGGUUGAUUUUGCUAAGCCUUACUUAACCCACAAAAGGACGAUUCUUCACAUUAUGGACCAGCGGAUUGACAGUCAGUACGCUUCUGGUGUAGCCAUGAGAGCUGGAACCCUUGCAAUGAAGUGCCUUGCAAGAGAACCGAAGUACAGACCGAGUGCUGAUGAGUUGGUUAAAGUGUUGGAACAGCUUCUAGAGUUGCAAAAAGCCUCGGAUCGUUGUAGAAAAGAACCGGUUCGGAAACAGAACGACAACAAAAAGGUUGGUUAUCCGAGAUCGGUGGCUUCCGGUGGUGGUAGUGUUUGAAACAGAAGCUACAGGAUCCUUGUACAGUCAUGAGUGUAUUAACUUCAGAAAGUGUAAGGAACAAAUGGUUUAAGGAAUUUUAAUGUUUUAAGCCUUGGCAAAUUGACGUAAAUGGUUUAAGUUAUCGUUUUCUA